GUGUUCUAACGUCCUCUUUCCGUUUUCUCUCCCUCGUCUUCUUCUUCCUCUUCUUCCCACAUGUCUGCUUCUGGAACUUCGUUUCCGGACCCCAACUGGCCCCGUCAAGACCCGACCCGACCCGACUUACCUUCCCUCCCGCCGGACCCUCUCCUCGACCCCGGUUCCUUCAUCGACGCCUCCUCCGCCGCCCGCACCCACCGCGGAGAUCUUCACCGGACUCCCAACAACCCCGAGCCGCCCUCUCCCUCUCGCCGAUCUCCAUUGCGCGCCGAGCCUCUGCCUCUCAAUGGCAGGAAGCUGCCUCCGGAUGCUCCUGCUCCCGGAAAUGGCGAUUCUCCGGCGCCCAGGAAAUUGUCUGCCUCCAAAGCCACGCCGGACGCCUCCCCUAAAUCCGUGCCCUCGGAGAGGCCUAAUUGGCUGCCGCCGGGCUGGGUGGUGCAAGAUAGAGUCCGGGCCUCCGGCGCCACGGCCGGAACCGUCGACAAGUACUACUUUGACCCAACCUCAGGCCGUCGAUUCCGGUCUAAGAUCGAGGUUCUCUACUUUCUGGAAACAGGAACAUUAAGGAAACGGAAGAAAGAUGCGAUGUCUGGUGACGGCUCUGAGGAACCCAAAGCCAAGAAAUCUUCAGGCAGUGCUAAAUCCGCAGCUUUAAACUUCGAUUUCUGUAAUGUGCCCGAAAAGGUCGAGUGGGUUCUCACAGACCCUUCUAAAGAGGUCUGGACGCCGUAUAUCGACAACGAGAAGGUACCGGAAUCUACUAAACGUGAAUGGGUGGGAGCUUUCCAACUCCUCGGCCGAUCAAAAGUUUGAAGUUUGAAGGCAACUUCAACCCUUUUGGACAUUUUUUGGGACACCCAACCCUCCAGGCAAGAACCUCCCUCCCUCUCUCUAAUGGCUUCCCAUCUGCAAUUCUUUUGGUGUGUGUGUUUUUUGGAAGGAGCAGGUGAGGUUGAGGGAAGUGUUUGUGGAAAAACCAAGAUUUGGUUACAAAAAAGAUUACUGCUAAAACAUGACUCUAUCUAACUGACUCUGGAAAAAGUGAUCAAUUUGUGUAGAUGAGGGCUGCUAAGUUCAUUCUUAAUCACAUGUAUUUGAAUGAGGGGCUAUUUAAUUUGAUUCAAUGCUCUUGCCCUACACUUGAUAUAGAACUGUAUUUUCUUUUUCUUUUUUUUUUUUUUGUUUAAUUCAAAGUUGAUAUUUUUGUGCUAAUGAUAUUCUGAUGUUGAA